AUGAAGUCGUUUCUGGAAGGUGUUUCUGUCAGCGAUCUGCCACAAACGUUCCGAGAUGCUAUUCAUGUGGCGAAGCAACUAGGACUUUCGUACAUCUGGAUCGACGCUCUUUGCAUAGUCCAACAUGACCCCGAAGAUUGGUCCAUUGAAUCCAGCCGCAUGAGAUCUGUCUACGGCAAUAGCUAUGUCAACCUCGCCGCAUCCUCCGCGACCAACGUUGACGAGGGCUUCUUCUCGAAAGCAGAGCGCUACAAGUACUACAGUGGGGGACUCUAUGCUCGAGUGAGCUCAAACAAAUUUACCGCAGUCCGCAAUUUCUAUGGUGAUACCGUGUAUGAUGAAUCUUUCACGUACACGCAUUUGGCCACUCGAGCCUGGACUCUACAGGAGAGGCUUCUUCCCGCCCGCACAAUUUACUUUGGCAAUACUGGUAUUUUCUGGGAAUGCAGGUCCGGCUUCCGAUCAGAAUUCCUUCCGCCUGGCAUUAGUGGUCUAGCCAGAUCACACCUCGUCUGUCCGGAAGACCGAGCUUGGAGGUGGCGUGACAUUGUCUCCCAGUAUUCUCGCGCUCAACUUACAGAUCCUGAGGAUCACCUACCCGCUUUGGCCGGUAUCGCUAGACGUCAACAAGAGGUCACUGGCCACCAAUACCUCGCAGGCAUGUGGAGAGAGUCUCUUGUCACCGAACUUGUGUGGGCGGUUAUUGGACGUCGGAGAAGGCCAGCUUGGAGAGCUCCCUCUUGGUCGUGGAUAUCCGUCGAUAGCCCAAUAUUGGCAUGGGGAUGGGACAUCGACUUCAAGGAUCAUCGCGUCAACAUGAAACAAUACAUCAGCGUAACCGAUGCAUGGACUACGCUCUCUAGCCCGGAUUAUUUCGGCAAAGUGAGCGACGGCUUGCUUUCGCUAGCGUGCUCCGUUCUUGUGCAAGCCCGCCUUCUUGGGGCUGCGAAAUUCGAGGAAAUAUCCGACGAAGACGAGAACCAUCACUACCAAUAUGUCAGAGUCAAUGGAGCGAAAGAAAGAUUCCCUGUCUUUAUAGACGCAUUGAGCGACGAGGGGGACUGCGAUGAGGUCUACUUGCUUCCCAUCUACGGUGGAUCAUGGGGUUCUAGGCGGGCACGGACGCGAGCGCAGAGCGAGGGAGAACCAAAUGACGAUAUGAAGGAGCACGGAUUCGAUGAGGCAAACGCAUCGGAUGACCCGGAAGAAGAAUGGGAAGAUCAACUGACGAUCUGUGGCCUUGUUCUCCGAGCCUGUGGUCAAAACACUGGUGAUGGGGGUCGCUUUUGUCGUCUUGGGUCAUUCAAUGUGAGGAAUUUCGACACGUACCCAAAUGUUGAUGAAGACCCAGAGAGAGACUACUAUGAGGAGUUCGUUCAAGCGUUAGAUGGAAGAGGACAUGAAUCAGCUGAUGCUAAACGUCCAACUGAAGCAAUGGACAAUGGUUAUAUUCAGCGAAACUUGAAUAUCACAAUUGAGUAA